AUGCCUUCCGAAGUGCCAGUAGUUCUAAUUUCGGGAGCUUCAUCAGGAAUUGGUCGCUCAACUGCUUUGGAACUGGCCAAACUCAAAUGGAGAUUAUCGUUAUCGGGCCGAAACGAAGAAGCCAUGGCCGCAGUUGUGAAGGAGUGCAAGAAAACUGGAGCCACUGAUGUGAGGUGUACAGGAUGGAAAGCAUAAAUUAUUCUUUAGGUUACCACAACGGUUGGAGAUUUGAGGGAUGAUGAGGUCGCGAAGGAUUUUGUUGAUCACACACUUCAAACAUUUGGGAGGAUUGAUUCCCUGGUGAAUGCAGCUGGGAUUCUUGUAAAUGGAACCGUGGAGGACUCCAGUUUGACUGAUUAUGACAAACAGUUUGAUGUAAAUGUCAGAAGGUGAGGUCAUCUUGUGUCAAAUGAUCUUCUCUUAGUAUUAUUGCCUUAACAAAAUACGCGUUGCCCCACAUCAUUAAAACUAAAGGCACGAUUGUCAACGUGAGCAGUGUGGCUGGAACAAAUGCUGUGAGUCAGUUUUCCCCUGAAAAAUAGCUAGUAAUCCAGAAUACGUAUAAUAAAUAUUAUUUUAGUUCCCAGGUGUGACUUAUUACUGUAUGUCCAAAGCAGCGCUGGAUCAGUUUACCAAAUGCUUGGCACUGGAGAUGGCUCCUCAUGGAGUGCGAGUAAAUUCCGUGAAGUAAGUUGGUUUUUGCACUACUUACCCGAUUUUAGUCCCGGAGUCAUCGUAAGUAACAUCCAUCGACGUGCUGGUCUCGAUGAUGCCCAAUACAAAGCUGUGAGUUAAAAUAAAACAUUUAUUACUAAUUUUUUAGUUUCUUGAAAAGAGUAAAACAACGCAUGCCCUGGGGCGUGUAGGAGAAGCGGAAGAAGUUGCCAAAGCCAUCAAAUUCCUGGUUACCAAUGAGUCCUCUUUUACUACGGGACAUCUUCUGAUGGUGGAUGGAGGUAG